AUGGGUGUCACGCCUUUCCACUUGGUAUACGGGGGUGAGGCAGUCGUUCUCGUCGAAGUCGAAAUAGAUUUCGACCGAGUGCAGCAGUACGACGCCCACAACGACGAGCAGAGACAACUGGAGCUUAACUUGGUGGAUGAGACGCGCGUCAAGGCGACCGCUCGGCUGACGGCCUAUCGGCAAAGAAUGAGGCAAAGCUACAACUGGCGGGUAAUCCCUCGAUCCUUUCAGGUCGACGACCUAGUAUGGAGAAAUGUGAAACCGGUCGGUGACGUUGGCAAGCUAGAAGCUCCGUGGAUUGGACCGUUCAAGAUCGUGGAGAAGCUCCGCUAG